AUGCAGUUCACAACCCUCCUCUCCAUCUACGUCGCCAUCGCUGGCGCUGUCGCCGCCCCCACGGAAGACCCUCUUGCGCUGGUCCCAGCAUGUGCUAGGAGCAAGCUCACAGCCGCCUUUGCGGUCACCGGCUGCACAUCCCCGACAGACACCGCCUGCUGGUGCAGCAACGCCGUCCUGAAGAUCGCCGUCACCAACAUCGUUGGCACUACCUCCAUCUGCUCUGCCUCCGCUCACAGGAAGCUGAUUGGUGACCUCUGGAACGACAAGUGCCCCGACAAGACCGUCCACAUCGCCUAA